ACUUUUGUUUCUCUGUUUGUGCCUUUCUGCUUUCACCUUUCUCCAGUUCUCCCUUACUAUCUCUAGUUUAUCAUAUUCUGUUCUGCAAUGACCUUUCUUUGCUCUCAAAACCGUUUUGUUGUUUUGGCUUCAUUAUUGUCUCUUCUUGGCCUAGUUUCCCUUCAAUGGCAACUAGCUUCUUGUGCUGUGCUGUUGAGCAUGAGACAUCACCAUGACCACAUCCACCACCAGAAACCAAUGGUUCCAACCAACCAAAGCACUUGUUCAUUGUUCGUGGGUUCUUGGGUCCGCGAUGAAACUGAAACAUAUCCUCUUUACCAAUCUUCUAGCUGUCCAAUCAUAGACCCUGAAUUCAAUUGCCAAAUGUACGGCCCUGAUUCUGGUUACCUCAAAUACCGUUGGAAGCCCCUCAAUUGUGAGCUCCCAAGGUUCAAUGGGGUUGAGUUUCUGCUGAAUAUGAAAGGCAAAACCGUGAUGUUUGUUGGUGACUCGUUGGGAUUGAACCAAUGGCAGUCUUUGAUUUGUAUGCUAUCUGCUGCAGUACCUCAUGCACAAACACAAUUGGUCAGGGGAGAUCCUCUCUCAGUCUUCAGAUUCUUGGACUAUGGUGUGAGCAUUUCGUUUUACAGAGCUCCUUAUUUGGUGGAGGUGGAUGUGGUCCAAGGGAAGAGAAUUCUGAGGCUGGAAAAAGUAGAUAAGGAUGGUGACCCAUGGAAGGGUGCUGCUGUGCUGUCUUUUAACACAGGGCAUUGGUGGAGUCAUCAAGGAUCUCUUCAAGGGUGGGAUUAUGUGGAAUUAGGAGGCAAGUUCUACCCAGAUAUGGAUAGGUUAGCAGCUUUGGAAAGGGCUAUGAAAACAUGGGCUAAUUGGGUGGAUACCAAUAUUGAUAGAAGCAAAACUAGGGUGUUCUUCCAGUCAAUUUCUCCUACACACUACAACCCAAAUGAAUGGAAUAUGGGUGGGGCAAGAAAGAAUUGCUACGGUGAAACUGCACCAAUUAGUGGCACAACAUACCCUGGAGCAUACCCUGAGCAGAUGAGGAUUGUGGACAUGGUUAUCAGAGAAAUGAGAAACCCUGCAUAUCUUUUGGACAUCACAAUGUUAUCAGCAUUGAGGAAGGAUGGACACCCUUCAAUUUACAGUGGUGAAUUGAGUCCACAGAAGAGAGCUAACCCAAAUAGAGCUGAUUGCAGCCAUUGGUGUCUUCCUGGAUUGCCUGAUACUUGGAAUGAACUAUUCUACACUGCAUUGUUCUACUAAAUGUUGUUUUUAGUACCUACUUAACACGUUUCACUCAUUGUUUUUUAGUUGGUCACCGAAUAAUCUUUUGUAGGUGACGCAUUGAUCGAGGGUUGCAUGAUUGCAACUCGUUGCAACUGUGAAGUUAUAUAUAUAUGUGCUAAGGAAAUGAAAAAGUUUCUUUGUUGCUGUAUUAAUGUAAAGUGUGAAUUACACUGUUAUAGU